AUGACAUCUAAUGAUAUUUCUGAAUGUAUUAUAUUCAUUAUUAUAACAAAUUACUAUUAUGUAGAGUCACAGUGUAUCAAUUGUUUACAAUUGGGUGAACCGUGUUCUCCUGUUGUUGCAAGUUCAUUUGGUAGUGUUUCAUCGAUUUGUCCACCAAAUGCAUUUUGUCCGAUUGACCAACUCCACCCGGUAUGCACCAUUGCCAAUAAAAGGAAUGAGUCGUGUACACCCACUUCAUGUACAACCGGUCUUGAAUGUAUCGAUAGUAUAUGUACACCUGUUCAUCAUCGAGGAUUUGAUGAACCAUGUAGUAAGAUUCUUGAUUGUGAUCCAGAGCUAGCUUGUACAGAUGGAAAGUGUAUCAAUCCUUUUCAUCCUGGAUGUGUGACUACCUCUGGAUGUAAGAUAGGUGAGGUAUGUGAUGCUUACAUUUGUAAGGAGCCGAUUCCUGAUCAUGGACCAUGUGAUAGGUCAUCUCAAUGCAAUACACUCAGCUUCUGUACGGUGAAAUCACACAAUUCAUCGAAACCAUCGAUCUGCUUACCCUAUUUCUCUCUAAAGAUGUUUGAUAGUUGUGAUAUCACUCAAAUGAGUUCAUGUGAUUAUUCUAGAAGAUUAGUUUGUCUAAAUAGUCAAUGUAUUGUAGAACCACCAACUGAUGAUAUAGAUUGUAAUGAUAUUAAAAAGAUGAGUAACAGUUGUUUCUUUUUCGCUGCAUUCUGUGUUUGUGAUAAAUCAAAGCAAUUGCACAAAGGAAGUACUUUACAGGUACCCGGUAAAUGCUUUGAUAUGGUCGAUAGAGAAUUUAAAAGAAAGUUCAACGAUUUCCGUACUUGUUUUAUGAAUAGUAAAUGUCCUUUGCUCUCAGCACAGACUGAAUAUGGUUGUACCGCAUACAAAUGUGGUAACAUACUCAGACUCUUUGGAAAUAUCGAUAAUCCUUGUCCUCCACAAACCGUAUUCGCAACCAACGUAACAACCUUACCUCCGAUAGUAUUGGUUAAUACAUCAACUAUAAACUCUUCAACAACAAUAUCAACAAACUCAAAUAGUAGCUAUAGCUAUAACCAUAUAAUUAAUAGCAAUCUAAUAAUAUCAUCAUUGUUAUUGUUAUUAUUGUAUUUUAUAAGUUAA